AGAUUAACUGGUAGGACAGUGUGGUGCUUCUCUGUUGGGCUCUGAAAUGGGAACCCAAAGGAAUAGUCUUAUUUGAUGGUUUCAGGAUUUCUUUUUACAUCGUUUAUGUCCACCAUGGGCAAUGCAGCAAUGCGUAAGGCACAUAGAGUAGAAAUCCCUGCACAAGAUGAUAUGCUUACAAACAUUGUAUCAGGUCAAAGUGAAAGCAUGGACUCCCUGUCGGACAGCAAUACCAGUUUCCUUCGAGCAGCAAGAGCAGGAAAUAUUGACAAGGUUCUGGAAUAUUUGAAGGGUGGAGUAGACAUCAGCACUUGUAAUCAGAAUGGACUCAAUGCUUUGCACUUGGCAGCAAAGGAAGGACAUGUGGACCUGGUCCAGGAGCUGCUGGACAGGGGGUCUUCAGUUGAUUCUGCAACCAAGAAAGGAAAUACAGCUCUCCACAUCGCUUCACUAGCAGGACAAGGAGAGGUUGUAAAGAUCCUUGUCAAGAGGGGAGCAGACAUUAAUUCACAAUCUCAGAAUGGAUUCACUCCCCUGUACAUGGCUUCUCAAGAAAACCAUUUAGACGUGGUGCGCUACCUUUUGGAGAAUGGUGGUAACCAGAGCACUGCAACAGAGGAUGGCUUCACACCUCUAGCUAUUGCACUGCAACAAGGCCAUAAUCAGGUGGUGUCCAUCCUUUUAGAGAAUGACACAAAGGGCAAAGUACGUCUGCCUGCCUUGCACAUUGCAGCCCGCAAGGACGACACAAAAUCUGCUGCCCUGCUGCUCCAAAAUGACCACAAUGCUGAUGUGCAGUCUAAGAUGAUGGUCAAUAGGACAACUGAGAGUGGAUUUACACCCCUGCAUAUCGCUGCUCACUAUGGAAAUGUAAAUGUUGCAACACUCCUCCUCAAUCGAGGGGCUGCUGUGGACUUCACUGCAAGGAAUGGGAUCACGCCACUACACGUUGCAUCUAAGAGGGGAAACACUAAUAUGGUUCAUCUGCUGUUGGACAGAGGGUCUCAGAUUGAUGCCAAAACAAGGGAUGGCCUCACACCUUUACACUGCGCAGCAAGAAGUGGCCAUGACACAGCAGUGGAGCUCUUAUUGGAGAGAGGAGCCCCUAUGCUGGCCAGAACCAAGAACGGUUUAUCUCCACUCCACAUGGCAGCGCAGGGUGACCAUGUGGAGUGUGUCAAACACCUGCUGCAGCACAAGGCACCUGUUGAUGAUGUCACACUGGACUACCUGACAGCCCUCCAUGUUGCCGCCCACUGUGGUCACUACAGAGUUACCAAACUUCUAUUAGACAAGAGAGCCAACCCGAAUGCCCGAGCAUUGAAUGGUUUCACUCCUCUGCACAUUGCCUGUAAGAAAAACAGAGUCAAAGUGAUGGAGCUCUUGAUCAAGUAUGGAGCAUUCAUUCAAGCUAUCACUGAGUCUGGUCUCACACCAAUCCAUGUGGCAGCCUUCAUGGGUCACCUCAACAUUGCCCUUUUACUACUGCAGAAUGGAGCCUCCCCUGAUGUCAGCAAUAUACGUGGAGAGACUGCUUUGCACAUGGCUGCCCGUGCUGGACAGAUGGAAGUUGUUCGCUGUCUUCUGAGAAAUGGAGCCAUGGUGGAUGCAAGAGCAAGGGAAGAUCAGACACCACUUCACAUUGCAUCUCGUCUGGGUAAGACAGAGAUUGUCCAGCUCCUGCUACAACACAUGGCUCAUCCAGAUGCAGCAACCCUUAAUGGUUACACCCCCCUUCAUAUCGCUGCACGCGAGGGGCAUCUGGACGUUACUUCGGUGCUGUUGGAGGCUGGCGCUUCUCACUCUUUAGCUACCAAGAAAGGGUUCACUCCUUUACAUGUGGCAUCAAAAUACGGUAGCCUGGAUGUGGCAAAACUACUUCUACAGCGGCGGGCACCCCCUGACUUUGCUGGGAAGCAGAAUGGUCUUACUCCUCUACAUGUCGCUGCUCACUAUGAUAACCAGAAGGUGGCGCUCCUGCUUUUGGACAAAGGAGCAUCUCCCCAUGCCACAGCCAAGAAUGGAUACACUCCCCUUCAUAUAGCAGCAAAAAAGAAUCAAAUGGAAAUAGCUACAACACUCCUACAGUAUGGAGCUGAGACCAACAUCCAGACCAAACAGGGUGUGAUGCCGCUCCAUCUUGCUUCCCAAGAGGGACACAGUGAGAUGGUAGCUCUGCUUCUGCAAAGAGGAGCUAAUGUCAGUGCACCCACUAAGAGUGGACUUACAUCCCUUCAUCUUGCUGCCCAAGAAGAUAAAGUAGGUGCUGGUGAGAUUUUAGUUAAGCACGGUGCCAACAUUGACCAACAAACCAAAUUGGGAUACACACCUCUUAUUGUUGCCUGUCACUAUGGAAAUGCAAAGAUGGUUAAUUUUCUGUUGAAGAGUGGGGCAAGUGUCAAUGCUAAAACAAAGAAUGGUUACACACCUCUACACCAGGCUGCACAACAAGGCAACACACACAUCAUUAAUGUCUUACUCCAGCAUGGAGCCAAGCCCAAUGCCAUCACUGUGAAUGGAAACACCGCUCUUGCCAUCGCACGUCGCCUUGGUUACAUCUCUGUGGUUGACACUCUGAGGGUAGUCACAGAGGAAAUUAUAACUACAACAACAACAGUGACAGAAAAACACAAGCUUAAUGUGCCAGAGACCAUGACAGAAGUCCUUGAUGUGUCUGACGAAGAGGUUCCAAGACAUGUAGAUGAUGGGGCUAUGUCUGAUGACUCUAUUGAUUUUGAAGGUGAUGACACAAUGACAGGUGAUGGAGGAGAAUAUUUGAGAGCAGAGGAUUUGAGAGAGUUAGGAGACGACUCUCUACCUGGGCAGUACCUGGAUGGCAUGAACUACUUGCGCUUCAGUUUAGAAGGAGGCCGAUCAGACAGUCGCUUACAAAGUUUGGACAGGUCCUACACACCCACUCACCAAAGUUACUACCCUGCAAGACACUAUGGGAUGACGGAGGAUAUGAUAUACAGCAACCAGGUGUCUUCACUUGCAAGAGAAAAUGAAAAGGACUCAUAUAGCUGGGAAACAGAAAACUUGGACAACAUAGCACUUUCCUCAAGUCCUGCUCAUUCUGGCCAUUGUUCUCCAUGUCAUGACCAUGACAAUAGCAGUUUUUUAGUCAGCUUCAUGGUGGAUGCCCGUGGAGGUGCCAUGCGUGGAUGCCGCCACAAUGGUCUACGGCUGAUCAUUCCACCACGGAAAUGCAGUGCCCCUACUCGAGUCACCUGUAGACUUGUGAAAAGGCACCGACUGGCCACCAUGCCCCCCAUGGUUGAGGGUGACGGUCUAGCUAGUAGGCUAAUUGAGGUUGGACCCUCUGGAGCUCAAUUCCUUGGUAAGCUCCACCUCCCUACUGCCCCACCCCCUCUGAAUGAGGGUGAGAGUUUGGUUAGCCGCAUUCUGCAACUGGGCCCACCAGGGACAAAAUUUCUGGGGCCGGUGAUUGUGGAGAUCCCUCACUUUGCGGCUCUAAGAGGAAAAGAGAGGGAGCUGGUGAUCUUACGCAGUGAAACAGGAGAGAGUUGGAAAGAGCAUCAUUGUGAGUACACAGAAGAAGAGCUCAACCAGAUCCUCAACGGCAUGGAUGAGGGGCUAGACCCACCAGAAGAGUUGGAGAAAAAGCGAAUCUGUCGCAUUAUCACUCGAGACUUUCCACAGUAUUUUGCUGUGGUGUCACGAAUUAAGCAAGACAGUAAUCUCAUUGGUCCAGAAGGUGGUAUUCUGAGUAGCACAGUGGUCCCUCAAGUACAGGCUGUCUUCCCAGAGGGAGCUCUCACUAAACGCAUCCGUGUUGGCCUGCAGGCUCAACCAAUGAGUAUUGAUGUAGUGAGGAAGAAUCUGGGCAAUAAAGCCACAUUCAGCCCUAUAGUCACUCUGGAACCACGGAGGAGGAAAUUCCAUAAACCCAUAACCAUGACCAUCCCUGUCCCGAAGAGCUCCGCUGACCCAAUCCAUGGCGGCUUUGGAGGUGGAGAUGUUCCUACAUUACGUUUGCUAUGCAGCAUCACAGGUGGGACCACUCCUGCUCAGUGGGAGGAUAUCACUGGGACUACACCAUUAACAUUCACCAGUGACUGUGUGUCUUUCACCACAAAUGUGUCUGCCAGAUUCUGGCUUAUAGACUGCAGGCAGGUUCAGGAGUCGGUGAACUUCGCCACUCAGGUGUAUCGUGAGAUCAUCUGUGUACCUUACAUGGCCAAAUUCGUCAUCUUUGCCAAAACACAUGACCCUAUUGAGGCUCGACUGCGCUGUUUCUGUAUGACUGACGAUAAAAUGGACAAAACUUUGGAGCAGCAAGAGAACUUCACAGAAGUGGCACGUAGCCGAGAUGUGGAGGUAUUAGAAGGUAAACCAAUCUAUGUAGACUGUUUUGGAAACCUGGUUCCUCUAACAAAAAGUGGCCAGCAUCAUGUCUUCAGCUUCUAUGCCUUUAAAGAAAAUCGACUGGCUCUUUUUAUCAAAAUACGAGACAACACUCAAGAGCCUUGUGGACGUUUGUCCUUCACAAAAGAACCAAGAUCUUACAGGACUUUGACUCAUAGUGCAAUAUGCAAUUUAAACAUCACCCUGCCAGUUUACUCAAAGGAAUCAGAUUCAGAACAAGAACCUGAUGAGGAGACAAGCCGGACACUUGAGAAAUAUGAUGAAGACACUGAAACAUCAUUCCUGAAAACACAAAUAAUCCGAGACUCCCCUGCCCUAGCAAGUCCAGAUUUACUCUCUGAAGUGUCAGAGAUGAAACAAGACCUUAUCAAAAUGACUGUUAUUCUGACUACUGAUUCCUCAGAGAAAGCAGGUCCCAUGCAAGGGGAUUAUUUAGAUAAGGGGGUGGAGGAGGUGUCAGCAGAGCCUUUUGAGAUAAUGGAAAAAGUCAAAGAGGAUUUGGAAAAAGUUAGUGAAAUUCUGAGAAGUGGAACAUGUGACAAGGAAGAGUCUGCAAAAACAGACAGCCAUCCACAUAGGAAGGAUGAGGGCUGGGUUCUACUAACAGAAAGUGAAAUCGAAGAGGCAAAAAUGAUGGCUGCCUUUGAAUCUCAAGAAUCACUUCUAAAGGAAGUUCGAGUCAACAGAGGAUCACAGAGACCAAAGGCUGCUUGGGACAGGCCUGGCAUAGAGACUGGUCCCAUUGGUGAAGUUAAGGAAUACUUAUUGGAUGUGUCUGAUACAUCUAGGCCUGAAUCCCAAGAGUCUCCAUCACAGCAAAGGUUCACUGAGGUUGUUCUGCGCAGAGGUGGUCGGAAAAUAGUCCCAACAGUGGCAAAAGACACUAAGGCCCAUACAACAGAUGUAAAAAAGCCAAUCAGAAGAAAAGGACCUCAAGGAUACACAGAUGAAACCGACUCAUCUAGCACAAAAGAAAGUAUUGUUAGUAAAAGCACUGGGAAGUCUUCCGAAGGGGAUGCCUUUCUACCCGUCCCUGGAGACCAGAAAAAGUCUCCUGUUUCACCAGUGGUUGAGGAGACACCAAUCGGUUCCAUCAAAGAGAAAGUUAAGGCUCUUCAAAAGAAAGUAGAGGAAGAACAAAAAGGUCACAAAAAACAAACAGGCCAAAAACCUCCAUAUAAAGCAACAGAAGCCAAAGCAUCUUCUGUUGUGAAAGAUCAGAAAACAUCAGGCAUGAAAAAACAGACUUCUUCACCCCAGAAACAGUCUCCUGCUAGGUCAACAGGCUCUGAACCUGUGAGACUAGAAGAAACCAUGUCUGUAAGAGAACUAAUGAGAGCAUUUCAAACUGGCCAAGACCCCUCAAAAAGAAAGGCUGGGCUCUUUGAGCACAGAGGCCCUUCCAAAACUGAAGGCACUACAGUGAGUAAACCAGAGGCUAUCCUCACAAAGUCACAAUGUUUUGCCCAAGCACCCUCACAUGAAGAAGUGUCUCUUGAUGUUUUAAAGCCUGAAGAUCACCAUGAAGAAAAAGAAGUCAAAAGUAGUCCACACAUAAAAAAAUCUCAAGACAUUGAAAAAGAUACAGAAGCAAGUCAAAGGGGUCAUCAAUGUCCACAGGAAAAGAGUGGUAAGGCUGUGGUUUCUGGAAUAGUGUCAGCAGGUCCUUUUACUCACUCAAGCAUGGCAACAACAAUUCCUCAAAAUUUGUCAGAUCAGCGCAGAGGUCUUUUACCUGACAACGGUACAGAGAACAGUGCAUUUGAUGACAGCUCUGACAGCAUUAGACAUGCAGCAUUGGUCGACUCGCCCAAUGCAAGCCUUGCUGAAGUGGAAGCCCCAUUGAGUUCUGAGGAAAGUUACAAACAUGAGGGCAUGGCUGAGACUCCAGAAACAAGCCCUGAGAGCCUCUCGUUAUCACCGAAAAAGCCAGCUCAGUCUAUACUUGCAAAGACCUCAAAAUCAGUAGCAGUCACUCCUAAAGUCAAGACAAGUAAAAUAUAUGUUUCCUUUUCUACUGAGAUGAAGACAACCAAUGAACAGGCAUCUGAAACUACAGUUCAUCCAGCAUUGAGCAAAGCAGUGGAUGAAGCAACAAAAAGUGAGUCUAUGUCUAUUCCUCUUGGAAAUAGGGGGCUGAAGUUUGAGGGUGAACAAACUUCUGUGGAUAAGGACAUUGUUUCUGUGUCAUCCAAACCAUCUAAAUCUCGAAAACUGACGAAAAGAACAUCUGAAACACUAGAGUGUUUUCUGAGCGAUGAGGAAUCCUUUGAUGGUCAAUUAAUACCUACCUCUGCUGACUCUCUGGCCUCAAGGGCAACUACACAGGAUCAUGGUGGUUUAGUGCUACCGCUUAGACACCAAGAUUCAGAGAACCUUAGUCCAGUAGCUGAUGAUUCUUUUACUAUUAGCCACAAGGACUCUUUAGAGGGUAGUCCACUGAUGGAAGACGACUCUUCCCAUAAAACCCCCGACUCUAUUGAGCCUAGUCCAACAAAAGAAUCCCCAUGCCGUGACUCUUUAGAAAACAGCCCCAUAGAGAUGAAAACCAACCUGGCUUUUCCCCCUACAGUAGAACAACCCAGUGUGACCACAGGGCCCCUGACAUCCUCCAAAGCCCCUGAAAUCCCCCCAGACAGUUUGCAUAGUAGAAUGCUCAAAGAACAGGAGGGUAAUGCUGAAGAUGACGGUUGUGAGCAGACAUCCCUGAUGACAAGUUCGGGUAAGAGUCCUCUCUCACCUGACACAUCAAGUUCUGAAGAGGUAAGUUAUGAGGUCAAUCCCAAAACCCCAGACCCCAUGGUCCUGAUUGUUCCCUUUAAGCCAUCAGUAAUCCCUGAGGAGACAGUAGAAGAUGCUGAGUUGAAGUUUGGCCUGACACAGAGGAAAAUUACUCCAGAUGAAGAGAUGUUUAAAAUGGCUGCCAAAAUAAAAACAUUUGAUGAAAUGGAGCAAGAUGCAAAAGACAAAAAGGACAAUAGAAAAGAUAGUGAAUCCUUUCAGACCUUGGUAGCGUCUGAUGCAAGAGAUGAAAGCUUCAAAUUGUUUGAGCAUGAACCCAGACAUGAAAGAUCCUCUGUGGAUGAUAUUGGGUUUAGUGAACUCAAACAAGCCUCAGAGAUAGCCCGGUCUGUUGAACCGAUCAUUAAAGUACAACCUCCCUCUCCUUUUCCAGCAGGUAUUCAUAAGAGCCCACAAACAUCUGACGACAUUCAACAAACCAUGGCCCACAGUCCAGCUUCUUCAGCUGAAUCAGCAAUGAGGAGACCUCUGUCUAUCUCAGAAAAGCAUACCAUAAUGCCACACCUUCAAGAAUCUCAUAGUGAGAAAUUUAAGGACAAAAAUUAUAUUGAUUCAGAGUUAGUACAGCUAAACAAAACUGCAUCUAAUAGCAAAAAUAUAACUGAUGAACAAAAAGAGCAAAGCUUAAAAAGAUCAAUAGGAAAUCAAGAAAUGUACAGUCAUGAACAGCAGGAGGAGGCAGAUAAUUAUCAAAAUGUUGACUACAAAUCACAUAGUCAGGAAGAGUCUAAUGUAACAGAUGAGAUUAAAGGGGAUUACAUGAGGAAUACAGGGACAUUUUAUGUUGAUAUUUGUAGUGACAGCUUAGACACUGAUACUAUUCCAAUUAUUAUUGGGCAAAAAAAAGAAACAUUUAAACCAGAAAUAUGUAUUUAUGAUGACACAGAGGAAGAUGAUGCUGAGGAGGAACCUCCUAAGACUGAAUCUAGAGGAGUUACAGCAAAAGCAGAGACAGACGCCUGGAAUUCAAUGCGAGAAGAUGAUGAUGCAUUUGCAGCGAGACUCAAAGAGGAAGAGCAAAAAAUCUUGGGUCUGGCUGUAGAUCGGCAUUCACAAGGGGCGACUCCAGACACAACACCAGCAAGGACACCCACUGAGGAUGGUACACCAACAAGUGAACAAAAUCCUUUCCUUUUCCAGGAAGGAAAACUUUUUGAGAUGACAAGAAGUGGUGCAAUAGACAUGACAAAAAGGAGUUACGAGGAGGAAGGGUUUGCAUUUUACCAAAUAGAGCAACCCAUUGUAGAGGGCAUAGCUGAAGAUGAAGGUAAAGAACCUGUUAGAGCAUCAAAUGAUGCUGAGAAUGAGAUUGGUUGCAACCUGUCUUUGCAAAUAAAAGCAGAGGAGGAUGAAGACCUCCAUAAAGAGGCUAAAGAUUUAUUUGUACAUUCUCAUGCUGGGGAUAAGCUGGCUGCAGCUACAAAGUCAGAUUUUUCAAUGGCUAAAACCCCCAUUAAAUUGGAUGACUCUGCCUCAACCAAAAUCUUAGAGAAGGACCCAACAAUGUUAGAGGUUAAAUCAGACAAAUUUAUGAGUGAGGGACAUUUAGUAUCUGAUCCUGGUUCCUCUGACACUGUAAUAGUCAAUGUCCAAAAAGCAGUGUCAACAGUGUCUAGAUCAGCUCAUUCCCAACAAGACCAGGAGUACUCAGAUUCCUCACCAAAAGAUCCUCACUCAGUUAUAGACCAAACCAAAACUCCUGAAAAGACACAAUCCCAAAGUAAAGCUGUCUCUAAAAGUUACACUGCACCAUCUCAAUCAUCUAAGGCUAGAAAAUAUAUGUCCACCUCCAAAGAGGACGAGGAACCAAAGUCCCGAAUCCCUGUUAAGGCAAGCUCCGUCAGGUCUGAAUGUAUCGAACCUGCCAAGGGCAAGAAGUCAAAGUUGCCCAUAAAACCUCAAUCAAGGCGAAAAUCUGAGACGGACACAAGCCCAUUCUUAACCUCCAGUUUAACAAAGUCUUCCAAAGCCAAGAGCUUCUGUGAAAGUGAUUCCACCAAGAAACCAGCCAAAAAGGACCAGAAUCGUCCAACAAGCACUCACCUAUCCAGCACAACUAAGACUCUUCCUUCAAGAUUACCAGUCAGGGGAAAGCCUGGCCAGCCAGUUCACACUUCCACACCAGCAAAACAAAAAAAGUGUCAGCCAAGGGACACAAACAAACAGUCCAUUGUGUUUUUUGAAGAGAUUAGUCAAGAAGCAGCUAAGGUAGUGGAGAGUUUGGCUCAGGCAGAGAAAGACAAACAUGAGGCUGCUGCCUUGUCUGAUGAUGAAAGAAGCACCAUUAAUGCCUCAGUAAUAGAGAGUGAACCUUUCAUUGACAUGCAAAUGCCUUUCCCUGAGGAUUCCUUGGUCAUUGAGCCCAGAUGGGACAACCCUGUUGAGACGCAGAUGGAACGAAUCCCUGCUGAUAAAGUCCGAAGUCAAGUAGAUCCACAGGAUGAGGCUGACAGGAAAGAGGGGCGUCUGGCUGUAAUAGCAGAUCACCUUGGUUUCAGCUGGUCAGAAUUGGCUCGAGAGCUUGAAUUCAGUGAGGUAGAGAUCAAUCAGAUAAGAAAUGAGAACCCAAAUUCUCUACAAGACCAAAGCCAUGCCCUCAUAAAGCUAUGGAAAGAAAGGGAGGGUAAAAAUGCUACAGCAGAGACCACUUUGAUGAAGACACUUACAAAAAUAAAUCGUAUGGACAUUGUUCAUCUGAUCGAAACAAAAAUCAUCCAGUCCAGUGAAGACCAAUCAUCACACACCUAUGCAGAAAUUGAGCAAACCAUAUCAUUGGAUCAUAGUGAAGGUUUUUCAGCCCUGCAGGAGGACAUGGACAGCCCCUGGCCAGGUCGGCAAACAGAAGUCACGCAAAAAAGAUCAGAACUUGGGCCUCUGGUGGCAUCUGUUGAGGAUCUCUCCUGCAAUGUACCAUCCCUUGAUGAUACCAAGAAAGAGAGGUUGCUGGCAGACAAAGAGAUGGGUUCAGAGGUGGUCGGAACCUCAGCACAUAGUUCUGUUGAUAUGGUUGGACUGAGGCAACAAUUCCCAGGCACUAUCAAAAAAGGUGACGAGAUGCCUGAAAUCCCUCCUCAGACUGUGACAGAAGAGAAAUACACUGACGAGUAUGGGAACAUGGUGGUCAAAAAGAUAACAAGGAAAGUCAUCCGUAAGUAUGUGUCAGCAGAUGGAGUAGAGAGAGAGGAAGUGAUGCUGGAAGGUCCGCAGCAGGAAGCUGUCACUGUGUAUGAGGCCGACGGUUUCUCUAAAGUUGUGAAGAGGACAGUGGUGCAGAGUGGGGGAGAGACGACAGAGGUAACGUUCUCUGAACCUUUAUCUUACAUUGGGGCGACAUCUUCUGAGUUCGAGGAAGAGCCUGUCCAAGGUCGGAAGGUCAGCAAAGUCAUCAAAACUAUGGUAGUGCAAGGUGAACGAAUGGAAAAACAAAUUGGAGACCCUUCACUCUCAUCGGAUCUCCCAUCAGCCAAAGACGACUUUGAAAAGGCUUUAAGCUAUGUAGGAAGCUUUGGAAAAGUGCAUCUGCCUCAUUUAGUUGAGAGAGAGAUGGUCAAAGAGGAUGGAUCAGUGGUCAGAAGGACCCGGAUGCAUAAGACGCGCACUCAGAAAAGCACAAUAGUGAAGGAUGGCCAAGCCAAACAAACCCACCUUGAACGACUGGAGGACACCCCCGAUUCCCUGCGACCUGAUGACCUACAGCAGCACCUUCACCAGCUGCUUCAACGCUACUGUACCCCAGAGGUGUCCGAAGAGCCUGAUGUAGGACAAGAUUCAGACAUAGAGCAGGACAAACAAUAAUUCCUGCCCUAUGUGUGUUUGGUUGUGGCAGGCAUUUAAUACACAUUUCUGCACAUUUAUGUCUGUAGCCCUUUCUAAUAACACAAAAUAAUUCUUCACUUGCUUACCAGAUCCCCUUAUAUUAUUUAUUGCUUGAUCUUUUCAUUCAUGGCAAAUAAUGGAAACAUUUUAACUGCAUUAUAGCUGAAUGAACAUUUUAACUGCAUUAUAGCUGAAUUUUUUCUGAUUUUUCUUUUCUUUUUGUGACCAAAGAUAGUGUUACCUGAAUUGCUGAGUGAUUUGUAUGAAACAUAGAUGUUUUGUGUGUGCGUGUCAUUUUGGUUGCUGUGGUACUGUAGAAGCAGAACUAAACAUAAUAAUAAAAAAAAUUAAUAUGGGUCAGUUUGGAUGCUGAG